UGGGCGGACAAUAUUGUAUAUUUUUAAUUUAAGUUUUAUUAUUUAGCAGUUAUAGGCAGUAGUGUAGACACGUUUGAACAGUGUGAUUGCCAUUAGUUAGGUUGUAUGGAUCACUACGUGUUUAAAAAAUAGUUUUAAAUAGUUAAAGUAUGAUCGGUCCUUCUAUUAAUUAUAUAUUAUAUUAAGAUCAUACUCUUUUAUAAACCAUCAUGACUGCUGAUAGGAGAGCAACGACUGACUGCCGUUUUCAACUCUUACAAGAAAUGCGAUGUCAGAACUAUGAUAUGAUACGUUUCGCAUCUUACAGAACAGCAUGUAAACUCAGAUAUGUGCAAAAAAAAGUAUACCUACAUAUGAUUGAUAUAUGGAAUGUCAUUGAAGCAUUCCGUGAAAAUGGUUUAAACACGUUAGAAUCUCAUGUUGAAGUUAAUGUUUCAAAAUUUGAAACACUUUUAACUAGUUUAUAUCUCAAUUUAAAUAAACGGUUACCUACUCAACAACGGGUCCAUGAUGAUUUAUUAACUACAAUACUUCUUAAUUGGAUUAUGUCUGUUUAUUCUGCUAACGAUACCAUGGGAAGGAUAAGAGUUUUAUCUAUAAAAGUAGCUUUGGCUACAAUGUGUUCAGGAAAACUUAUGGAUAAACUUAGAUAUAUAUUUUCACAAAUAUGUGAUCAAAAUGGACAUAUGGUGGCUUGGAAAUUUCGAGAAUAUUUACAAGAAGUGUUGGUACUUCCAUCAGCUGUAUAUGAAUCUCCUUCUUUUCAUUAUAGUGAUCAGAUAUCAGCAGAAAUAUUUUCUGGGAAUAGUAAAGUGACUGUUAAUGAUUUCAUGGAUUCAAUGAUGUCAGAUCCUGGCCCAGCUUGUCUUGUUUGGUUGCCGUUAUUGCAUCGAUUGGCUAAUGUUGAAAAUGUUACACAUCCUAUUAGUUGUGAUGCUUGUCGCCGUGAUAAUUUUACAGGAUUUCGAUAUCGAUGUCAAAAAUGUCAUAAUUUUCAAAUGUGUCAAGAAUGCUUUUGGAGAGGACGAGUUGCAUCUAGUCAUACUAUUGAGCAUGAUGUUAAGGAAUACACUAGUUAUAAAUCUCCUAGUAAACAAAUUGGUCAUUCUCUUCGAAAAUCAUUUCGCUGUGUACCUGAAAAAGAAAAGGCGAGUAUACCACGUUUUCCUGAAGAACCUGAAAAAACCAUUAAUUUAUCUCACAUUAUACCACCAUCUCCUUUGCCAUGCCACAAUGGUUUUUCUGAAUUAUCCCUUAGUAGUCAAAGCCAAUUUAAUACAUUGGACAGUAAGACUAGUUCAAGAAGUCCUGACAAACGUACAAUGAGUUUAGAUUAUACUUCAAUGGAUGAUGAACAUAAAUUAAUUGCACGUUAUGCUGCUAGGCUAGCUGCUGAAGCUAAAGGUAGAGCUCCAUCGGAAGGCUCUUUAAGUUUGGAUACAUCUAGAGCUCAAAGAGAACUUAUUACUCAACUAGAAUCUAAAAAUAGAGAAAUUAUGAAAGAAAUUUCAAGACUUAGGAAACAACAAGAAAUGGAAGGAUUUUGUUCUGGAUUUUCUGAAGAUAAUCCUGCUCUUAUGAGUGAACUUCGUGCAUUGCGUAAUAGAAAACAUGAACUGGAAGCUCAUUUAACAUCUUUACAAGAUUCUAGAAGACAAUUAAUGGUGCAGUUAGAAGGAUUAAUGAAACUUUUAAAAAAUCAUCAAGGAUCCCCACGUUCAACUCCAAAUUCAUCACCUCGCUCAACUAAGUCUCCUCCUCCCUCAAAGUCGGCACCUCCUACACCAGGUGGAACUUUGACUUCAGCAUCAUCACUAUCUCUUAUGUCUACAUCUGACUCCAUAAUGGUUGGUGAUGUAAAAUCAGCAUUUACUGGUAACUCUUUAGCAGGUACACCUGUUAGUGCAUCAAGUAACACUAGUUUAAGUGGGUCUAUUUCAAGUGGAAGUCGAAGUUUAAGAAAUGAUUUAUUAGUAGCUGCAGAUUCUGUGACAAAUGCUAUGUCAACCUUAGUUAAGGAACUAAAUUCUGAAAGCCCGGUAAAUGAGAAUGCACCAAAUUCUAUGAUUCUAAAACCACUUGGCUACAAUAAAAAAGAUGAUAAAGAUGAUAUUAAUAAAGAUUUUAAAAGUGAUAGUUUAUCAAGAAGCCAAUACAAUAAAGCCAAGGCACAAAAUAGUCUAUCAGAUAGUCUGACAUCUGCUAAUAUGAGACGUGCAUCUAGUUCUGGAUCAAAAAAUAAUUCAUCUGAGGCUGAUUCUUUGACCAGGUGGCGUUAGAUUGUUAAUUUGUUUUUAUAUCUAUGAUAAUUUACAAAAUAAUUUAACUUUUAUGAUUGAUGGUUUUUUACUGAUGGGCUUUUUUUUUUAAAUAUUCU